AUGAGACGCAUGUUGAUGAAGCGGAACCUAAGUCUCUUGUGCAGAUCCGUGCUCAGAUUUGUCGAUUUAUCAGCUUGUAGAUUCAUGGCUUGUUUCCUCGACUGCUUCCGCGCCAGAGACGACCGGUCUACUAGUAAUCUCGUCUCCCACUCUUCACUCGCCAAAUCCAAUAAAGGUGAGGAGUCGCAGAAUCAUUUGUCCGCUUCGUUUCUGUCUGAAGAGAGAGCAGCUUCUUCGCCUUGCCUUGACAAAGAAAGAUUUGAUUUGGAUUCUAUACAUAUUGACAAAGGCCUAAGGGAUGAGGCGCGGUUUCUUAAAGCUUGUGGUACUAUACCGGAGACUCCUAUUGAGAUUAGGAAAGCAGCACAAAAUCUAAGCAGUCCUCAAGAUGCAGGGUCUUCCCGUUUUCAUUCAUGGAUUUCCAGUAGCUCUGCGAUAGGGUUUCAUUUGGAUGAAUCCCCAUCCCCCAUUAAAGCUUGUGAAGCGGAUGGAAGACCAUCAAUUACUUCAGAGCAAACACCAAGCAGUUGCGUAAUCGAUGUGCGGGACACUGCGAGGAUCUCAUCUACUUCUAAUGAUGCUGAUGAAGUAGAAAGCAUUGGCACUGCAUUCAAGGGUGAGUUGGAAAGAUCUGGCAGGCCAAUGCUCACAGCUGGAAAGACUAAGUCUGUGCGGUUUGAAUGCGAUCUUGAUCAAUCUCAUCCUUCUAAAUCUUCCGAGAACAGCAGUUCAAGAAAACCUGAGAUGGGUGGCAAAAUUAGUUUUACACUGAGCUCGCCUAAUCCGACCCCGUUGAAGCUAUCUGAUGAGAUGCAAACUCCCGGGACCAUAUAUCCUGCAAACAUGGAAUCAGCAGGAAGGGGAAGGCCUAGAAUCAGGUCACAGUUUGUGCAUUCAGUUUCCAAUCUAAUGGAAAAUGCAUCCUUUUAUGGGAGCCUAGAGCAAGCUAAAUCGCAGCUUUACAAAGAGCAGAUAGAGGGUGAAACUCCCACUUCAGCAACUUAUGGGGAAAAGGUGGAAGAAAGCUCAGAUGAGAAAAUGACCAAGUUUGAGGCAAGCUUUUCCCCUUGGCUAAACUCAAUCAACGAAGACUGUAACGAAAACAUUGGGGGUUUAAACGAGAGGACACCUGGGUUCAACGCCAUAACUCCAGGUGACAGGCCUAUCAUUGGAUUGGUUGCUGCUCACUGGAAUGAUAAUGAGCAAACUGAGAUUGCACCAAAAUGGUGGGAUGGGAAUGGGAUCCCAAAUUCGACUACUAAAUACAAGGAGGAUCAGAAAGUAAGUUGGCAUGCAACACCAUUCGAGGUGAGAUUGGAGAAGGCACUUUCGAAAGAAGGUGAUCAGACUUUAUUCCCUCGAAGGAAACUUGAAGUGAUGGAUGAGGAUGAAGAAGACUCGGACAUAUCGCAGCUGCAGAACUCAGUGCAACCAAGCUCGGUAGUUUCGUUCUGA